UGGCGACUACCGUGCGCCUUUGCGGCGGCCGUUUGCUACGCAGUUCGUAGAAAUGUCGAUAUGGUGGAAAUUUCCACUUCUUAUAUUCAGCAAUAACAAUUUAACACGUGAAAACAAAUUGAAUUCUUUGAGGUGGACAAAGAAGCGGAAGAUCAAGGAAAGGAAUCAAAGCAUUGUUGGCAACAAAACUACGCUGGCAGACGAUUUCGUGUUUAGUUAACGUUCUUCUAUCUUAGCUUGUCUAACUAGCUCUCUGGCUAAUGCUGUUGCUUACUUAGCAAGCAAGCAAACUAGCUAGCAAAGCACAGCUAACUUAGUUCAGUCUACUUGUCUUUUAGGUAAAGGCCACGAAAGGCUAUUGUUAUUUUUAGUUCAGAUAUGGAAUUCCACACUCCCGGGUCUGGUGGAGUGUUGGUGACUGGUAGCAAUGUUCCCGCUUUUCUUACAAAGCUUUGGACGUUGGUGGAGGAUCCAGACACCGACCCCUUAAUCUGCUGGAGUCCAAAUGGAAACAGCUUCCAUGUGUUCGACCAGGGCAGGUUCUCCAAAGAGGUGCUUCCUAAAUACUUCAAGCACAAUAACAUGGCCAGCUUCAUCCGGCAGCUCAAUAUGUAUGGCUUUCGCAAAGUCGUUCACAUUGAGCAGGGUGGGCUUGUGAAGCCUGAGAAAGAUGACACAGAAUUCCAGCAUCCCUACUUUAUACGUGGACAAGAGCACCUUUUAGAGAAUAUUAAGAGGAAGGUGACCACAGUGUCCAACAUUAAGCACGAGGACAUUAAGCUGAGCUCAGAGGAGGUCACUAAAAUGAUCUCAGAUGUGCAGAACAUGAAGGGAAGGCAGGAGUCCAUGGAUUCCAAGAUCAGCACCCUCAAACAUGAGAAUGAAGCUCUAUGGAGAGAGGUUGCAAGCCUGCGACAGAAACAUGUCCAGCAGCAGAAAGUUGUCAAUAAGCUCAUCCAGUUCCUAAUCACACUGGCACGGUCUAACAGAGUUCUUGGAGUGAAAAGAAAGAUGCCCCUGAUGCUCAAUGACAGCAGCUCAGCACACUCUAUGCCCAAGUACAGCAGGCAAUACUCCCUGGAGCCUUCUCCCACACUGUCCACCUCGGGCAUGACUUACAGUGGAGCAGGACUCUUCUCCUCCAGCUCGCCCGUCAACACUGGCCCCAUCAUCUCCGACAUCACCGAUCUGUCCCAGUCCAGCCCCAUCUGCACGGAAGAGUGGGUGGAAGACAGAACAAGCCCAUUGGUACACAUUAAGGAAGAGCCGUCAAGUCCCGCCCACUGCCCUGAAGUAGAAGAAGUGUGUCCUGUGGAUGUGGAGGUUGCGGCUGGGUCCAGUCUGCCUGCAGACACGCCUCUCUCCCCGACCACCUUCAUCAACUCCAUCCUCCAAGAGACUGACCCGCCAUCUGCCCCCAGCCCAACCCCCACGAAGCAGAAGUGUCUGAGCGUGGUGUGUUUGGACAAUUCCCCCCAGACGACUGAGGUCUCCCGUCUUUUUCCCAGCCUCUCCUCCUCUGCGUCUCCGCACGUCAGACCACUUCCAGGGUCUGAGCUCAGCGACCACCUGGAGAGUAUCGACAGCAGUCUGGAGAAUCUUCAGUCCAUCUUUAACACACAGACCAUCAACUUCGACUCCUCCCCCCUCUAUGACGCAAGUAUCUUCAGUUCAAGCACUGGCUCGGAGUUUGACCUGGACUGUUUGACAAGUAUUCAGGAGUUGCUUUCGACAGAGCCCACACGGGAGAUGGAGUCUAGUGCCAACUCCACUCAGUCAGGAAAGCAGUUAGUUCAAUACACAGCUCAACCAGUGGUUGUUCCUGACCCAGUUACCACAGAGACCACAGGGGAGGACCUGCCCAUUCUUCUUGAGUUGGAAGGGGACUCUUAUUUUGGUCAGGACCCCACAGAGGACCCUACCAUCUCACUCUUGACCACCAACUACCAAACUACAACAUCUGAAGACCCCAAGCUAUAAUAGACAAAAGCAGCGUAUACAAAAGGAUUCAUAUGUGUGGUUGGGGUUUUUUUUCUUUUGUUUUUUUUUUUUCCUUUGUUAAAUCUAGCCAUGUUAUCACCCUUUGAUUUCACUCCCCUGCUUGUUCGCUUAAAUCAUAACCCCACAAUCUUGAGAACUAUAGGAAAAUAUUUUUCACCAUUGUUUCCAUUGUGCAGUUGGAAUUUGCUUGUUUAAUUUCUCACGUCUGUUACUAUGGGUUAAAAUCCUAAUCAGGAAUGGCCAAAACAGCUUCAUGGUCACAAAUAAGCAGAGCUUGUUUACAGAAUAUUUCACACAUGCCCUACUGAAAAAUUUGAAUGAAUACCAGUAAUGUAUUCAUAAUACAUAGACCUAUGUUCUAAUACUUUGCUUUCUGUUAGGUUAUCAUGUGGCUGUGUGUGUGGCUGUGUGUGUGGCUGUAGAAGACAAACUUGUUGCUAUUGGCCCAGAUCCCUGAAUGGAGUUUUAGCUCCAAUAACAGUACAUACAUGCAUGGGAUGUAUUAAUCAUAGAUCAAGUGAUCUGGCCUGAUUGGGCUCCCACUGUGGGGGUUUUAAGAGAACUGUAGGCAAACUGUGCAAAAAGAGAAUUUUUUUUUUUAGCACCAGAGCCUUUUAUGAUGCUUUUCUCCAAUUCAUGCGGGUUUUAGUAUAAAGUUAAAGUGAGCUGCUUGUAAUUCCAAUGCAGGAGAUUAGCCAACUAAACACAGCUUUUCACACAUAUUCAUUUCACAGAGAACCUUUUUAGUCUGUUUUUGUUGUGGAUCUGAUUGUAUACCCAUCAUCUCUAUCUUCUGACUUCCAAAAUGUAUUUUACUAGCAUUUAAAACCUUUGAAGCUUGGAGUUGACUGUGGUUCUCUGUCUAAGCACAUGUUAUUUUUUUAAUUACCAAGAGGUUUACAUUUACAUUAUCUGUUGUAUGAAAUACUUUUGCUGUUGCAUCACCUCAUGGAUAUUAUGAAUGUUAAAGUUUUAAAACAAUA